CAUGUCACAGCCUCAGCGAGGUUCCAGAGUCGUGUUCGUGGGGAACAUCCCCUACGACAUGUCAGAGGAGCAGCUGGUCGAGGUUUUCAGAGAAGUUGGCACAGUCAAGGGAUUCAGGCUCGUCUUUGACAGAGAUACGGGCAAGCCGAAGGGCUACGGAUUCUGCGAAUUUGAAGAUGCCGAGACGGCUGCUUCGGCUGUGAGGAAUCUCAACGACAAGGAGGUAGGCGGGCGACCGAUGAGGAUCGACUACGCCGACAUCGACCCGCUCUUCGAAGGACGAACCACACAAAUGGGUCAAGUGGAUGAUGAUCUUCAGAAUCGACCACGAGGACCAGGAGGCGGUAGAGGCGGCAGGGGCGGCUUCGGUGGAGGAUAUGGCGGAGGGGGAGGACCGGGAGGGAUGGGCAGGGGGAUGGGAGGCCCGCCACAGCUUCCUCCGAACCUUCCUCAGGGCCAACCUUUGGCUCCCGGCAUGGGUGCGACCGACUCCAUCUCGCAGACACUGGCCGCCCUGCCCCCGAACCAGAUGCUGGACAUCUUGAGCCACAUGAAGUCGCUUGUCACAUCGUCUCCCGAUCAGGCCAGGGCCCUUUUGGGCGGACACCCACAGCUGGCAUAUGCCCUCUUCCAAGCAAUGCUCAUGAUGGAAGUCGUAGACCCGAAUAUCCUCCAGCGCAUUCUCGCAUCUUCUGGUGCUCUGGGAGGAGGUGGUCCACCGACUGGUCCAGGCCCGAUGCCACCCCACGCCCAGCAAAUGGCACCACAAAUGGGCACGCCUCAAAUGGGAACACCACCGAUGGCCAGGCCUCCUUAUGCCAGCGGACCGCCUCAGGGUCCACCUUACAUGCAGCAGCAAGCCCCACCACCGCCGGCGCCUCCAGCAGCGGUGCCAGGCGCCCAUUUACCAGAAGAGCAGAGGGUGAGUCUGUAUGCGCUUGGGCACUUUGCAACGAUUGCUAAUGGAACCACGAAUCUGCAGCAACUCCUCGAGCAAGUACUCCAGCUCACGCCGGCGCAGAUCAGUGCUUUACCACCAGACCAGCAGGAGGGGAUCCGGCAGCUCAAGGCCUCUCUGGGUCACGGCUGAGAGUCCUUUGUGUGUCAAAGUCAAAAUUAAAGUCCAAUCCCAGGCAAUGUAUUCUACAUCAGAUCUCCCCUAUGAUAGUUGGGUAGACCAAGUCCGUUUCAAAGCGAGAGAGAUCC